AUGGCCACGGCACUCGUACCAUCAACACCUGCGACGCCUUCGCCAACGUCCUUCGCCGACCUAUCAGAAGACGUGCUUCUACACCUGCUUUCCCGUCCAUCCUCCAACCCGAACCGCGAGCUUUCCCCGGAAGACCUCGCGCGGCUCGAGGCGGUCUGUUACGCCCUCCGCCGCCCGCUCCUGCUCCCCCCGAACCGCCGUCACUCCGUCGUAGAAACCGCUGCGCGCACGCGAUGCUUGCGCCACCCGCUGCUGGCGCGCGUGCCGGCAGACCUCCUGCGCGGAAUGGCGGCGCAGCGGCGGGAGCUGGCUGCGCGUGCUGCGCUUCGCAUGGGCGGUGGAGGACGCCUGGGGGCUGCGGCGGGAAGUGGAGAAGGAGGCGCAACGGCGGGAGGCGGAAGAAGAGGCGCUGCGGCGGGAGGCCAGCGCGCGGAACGCCGGCGGACUGGCGUCAGCGAUCAGCCCGCCCCGGUAGCUGCCGCGGAUCAACCUCCCCCGGAUGAACCUGCCCAGGCGAGAGACGGGAACCAGGCGGCAGGCCAAGGGUGGGCGGCUGCCGCCCUUGCUGCUGGCCUGGCGGCGGUCCGACUUGGCGGCGGUGCCGCAGCUGCAGGCUCGGCAGCAACUGGUUCGGCAGUGACGGGCGCGGAGAGGCCCGACGCUCAAGCGCAGCAGCAGGUGCAGCAGCGGCGGGGAGGGACGCGGGGGCGGAGGGGAGCCCUGAGAACGCAAAUCGUGGUGGGGGGAAGCGCGGACGCGGAGGGGAAUGGGGGGAACGGAUGGAAUGGGGGGAAUGCGGCGAAUAGGGAGGAAACUGAGGGCGGCAUGGGGGAGAGGGUGGCGCAAGUGGCGGGAGGGAGGGCCUUCACUGUGAUACUAACGAAGUCCGGGGACGUUUACACAAUGGGGCAGGACACUAACGGGUGCUGUGGGCACGGGCAGGACGGGGUGGGGAAGAAAUUCCCUCAGCCGAAAUUUGUGGAGGCUUUAAGAGGCGUGCCAUGUCAGCAGGUCGCGACAGGGAGGAGCCAUGUUCUCGUGCUAGCUAGGGAUGGGACUGUGUAUGCGUUCGGAGCGGGCGGCAACGGCCGGCUGGGUCUGGGAGAUACGGACGACAGAUGUCAGCCGACGGUCGUGGAGGGGCUGCGACCAGAGGUGCUGGCUGCCAUGCUGGGCGGAUUGACGGGCGGCAGCAAUGGCGAUACGGAUGGCAACAACAGCGAUACGGGCGGCAAGAACAACGAGACGGGUAGCAGCAGCAGUAACAGCAGCGCCAGCAGCAGAAGCAGCAGAAGCAGCAGCAGCAGUGAUCCGUACGGACAGUACCGCAUAGUGAGUGUAGCAGCGGGCGCGAGUCACUCCCUGGCCGUCACUGCUGCCGGUGUGGUCCUGGCGUUUGGGCGCGGGCACAGCGGCCAGCUGGGGGGCGCGCAGGGCUGGGGGACCUGGGCGGGGAGCGUGCAGGCAUGGCUGGUGCAAUCAGGCGUGCGUGUGGUGAAGGUGGCAGCUUCGGUUGACUACUCUGCUGCUCUUGACUGCCUGGGACGGGUGACAUGGCUGGUGCAAUCAAGCGUGUGUGUGGUGAAGGUGGCAGCUUCGGUUGACUACUCUGCUGCUCUUGACUGCCUGGGACGGGAGGUGUGUUCUGCUGCUCCUGACUGCCUGGUGCCGCACCCCAUAGCAUGGCUGGUGCAAUCAAGCGUGUGUGUGGUGAAGGUGGCAGCUUCGGUUGACUACUCUGCUGCUCUUGACUGCCUGGGACGGGAGGUGUGUUCUGCUGCUCCUGACUGCCUGGUGCCGCACCCCAUAGCAUGGCUGGUGCAAUCAAGCGUGUGUGUGGUGAAGGUGGCAGCUUCGGUUGACUACUCUGCUGCUCUUGACUGCCUGGGGAGGGUGAGUGCAGGGAUGAGGCGUGGAGAGGUGAUAGGCGUGGGUGUGGUGAAGGUGGCUAAGUCCAUUCGCUGCUUGCCUUCCCUUUUGUCUGCAUGUGUGCAGGUGCACAUGUGGGGGUCGGGCUACUGUGGAUGCUUGGGCAACGGCAGCGAGGCCAAUGAGGUGCUGCCACGUGUCGUUGAGGGAUUGCUGCACACACGAAUAGUGCAGGUGACUCUGGGAAAGCGCAAAACACUAGCUCUGGACGACCAAGGGCGGGUGCUGGCGUUUGGGUGGACGGCGUUUGGAGGGCUGGGAGUGGCGGCAGGGCGAGACAAGGUGUUUUCUCCCAUGCCGGUCGAGGCUCUGGAGGGGAGGCGAGUGGUGCAGGUGAGCAAGGGGGCUGGUUUGGUAGGAUGGUCUGAUAGGUGGAUAACUCUUUGGAAGUGCCUCACAGGCAUGGAUGGGAAGCGAGUGGUGCAGGUGAGCAAGGGGGCUGGUUGGGGCAGAUGGGCGGAUGGGCGGAUGGCACUUUGGAAGUGCCUCAGAGGCGUGGCAGCAGAGCGAUACAAGGUGUUUGCUCUUAGUACAGGGCGAGCCAGUGGAGGCUCUGGAGGGGACGCGAGUGGUGCUGGUUGA